ACAGUCUACUUUCCUUCUGACUAUACAAACAGAGGUCCAUUUGCUUCCAUACCCAAUCUUUCUCUGAGCCAAAUACACCAUAGUCCAUAGCAGCGACAGCGAGCGAGAGUGAGUGAAAGAAAAAGAAGGUAAGAGACCCAAACAUCGACAAUGGAGCCUUCGAAGAACAACACCCAAACCGAAGAAGACGACACAAUCGCGCUGAAGAAGAAGAGGGCGCGUCGCGUGAGCUUCGCCGACAACGAGAUCACCUCCGUCCACGUCUUCCGUCGCGACGAUGACGAUUCCUCUUCUACCGAUAACCCUCCCGAUCCCUCCGUCUUAGGGUUUUCCCGCGACCUCACCAACGACAGUGACGACGACGAGCGACCUCAUCUAGACGCCGACGCCAGCAACUCCUUCCUCCGACCAAUCGGCUCCCCCUCCCCCGGAGGCAGCAGCACCGCCGACAACGGCGACGAGGAUGAUGAUUUUCAUGGUCCGGUAUCGGCCUGUUUCAUCAGACCGGAUGGGUUAUCAGACUCCGGUGCCUCCGACGAGGUCACGAUGGACUCGACGGCGUUCUCGCUGCAAUACCAGAGUCUUGCUCGGUCCGAUUCUGGCGACAUCAAGACUCGACAGGUCGACCUCACGACUCCGAGCUCUCACGGAAGUUCCAUGGAUCUCACGGAGGGGAAGAAGCUGAGAGAAGUGCUUGCUGCAGAUGUGGAAAGUGGUGGCGGAGACUCAAAUGACAUGAGCAUCGAGGGAGAGCACGUACAGAGUUAUCGUUACGACAGGCUCUCUCCUGCGUUGGAUGCUAUUUUGGCAGGAGGGAGCAAGGGUUCACCAAAUGUGCCUGUUAAGGUGGCAGAUUCUUCAAUUGCCUCUCCAGUUAAUCAGGUUCACCAAAUCCAAGCUUUUGGAUCUCCAAUCAAGCAAAUUGAGGAGUUUGCUAAAGAUUCUACUGUACCAAUUUGUAGACAAUUGGGCUUUGCUAAUGCUUAUAGGGGAACACCAGUAAAGGUGGAUGAAGACAGAGGACGAGUGUUUGACUCCAAUCGUAAAUCUGAUCAAGUAAAUCAAAAUCCAAUACAUGGGUCUACGCCAUUGUCAGUUUCAGGAAGUAAACAAUUAUUUACAAGUUCUCAUGGUUCAUCCAGGUAUGCUGGAAAUAUAAUUCCAGCUUUAGAGCAAUCUGGUAAAUUUGGUCCAGAGGUCUGUGUCACAAGUGAUGCAACUCCAUCUUCUGUGCAUAAAAGCAUUUCAAAGAUGAAAAUUCUUGACACUACUCCCAGCAUGUCAAGUCUCAAAGAAGGAAUUGAUAUAUUGAAAGCCCUUCCGACAAAGCCCUUCCUUGGUCGAUAUGAUCAAAAAAAAUGGGAAGAGGAUGAGCCACCCAAGAAGAAGAUCAAAACAUCUCGAAAAGUGCCUUUCUCUUUCGCCCUUCAAUUUGGCUCUGGGGUUUCAAAGGCCAAGAUCUCCACAAAGGUUCUUCCUGAAGUAUCAUCCUUGGAGAUUAAUUUGGAUGACUUUAACGCCAUGGUGGAAGAAGAUGCAGAAGGGGCGCUCGACAAACUCUUGGCGGGAUCUUUGACUAUCUCUUCAUCAAAGACACCUUCAGGAUCACAUUUUGAGGUCUCCAAGCCCACUGAAUCAGCUGAGAAAUUGCUCGAAGAGCUCAAGGCUUUGGCUUUCGAGACAUCUUUAAUGAAAAAUCUUCUAACUGACAAAGACUUGGUCACAAAGAUCAAGGACAUAUUAUCUUCAUUGAAGGAGCAGAUUUCUCCCUUUCCAGAAGGGCUUCAGCGUUUCGAGACUCUGUUUGUUGACUCCUUGGCCAUUAUUGACCGAAUUUCUGUGGUCGGUGUCAGGCAUGAGCAAGCCCAGGAAGCUAAAGACUCAGCUUUCAACAAGCUAAAAGAGGCUCGAAAAGCAUUGGGCAAGCUCAAGGAAUUAACCAAUACUGCUGACCUUAAGAAGAAGGAGGUCAGGGCCAGGAUAGUUGACCUGAAAAAACAGCUCAAAAGAGCUCGAAAAGAGGAGGAGAUGCUGAAUAAGGCCAGGGCGGCUUGUGAGAAAAAGAGGCAAGCAUUGAUAGAGAAUGUGAAGACCUUAACUGUUAAAAGGGCUCGAGCUAUGGAGAAUAUUUCGAGCUUGGAUGCUCAGUGUACCGCCUUGGAAACAAGAUAUCAAAAUUUGAGAGCCGUUUUUACAGAAAUGCGCUCAAAGCCUCCUUUUUAAUUUUGAUGUAAUAUUUUAUUUUUCUUUUGAAUUCUUGUAAAUAGCCCCCAAUGUAAUUAUUCAAAUUUAAUUAUCAAUGCUUUCCAUUAUCUCUUUUUGUGCUCGAAUUUUGCCUUUUAGUUAUCAAGUUAUUUUAAUUUCAU